GAUGAGGUUAACGAGUACUGUCUAGCGUGUCCACGUCUUUUUUUCUCUUUCGGGUGGUGGCAUUAAUAUUUCUUGACUGGGAAAGUCCGAAUGGACACGGGUCCAUUUUCAGCGGAGGCCCGCGGAGAAAAACUCGUAUGUAUUUAGCAGCCAUGUCUGACAGAAAAGCUGUUAUCAAGAAUGCCGAUAUGUCUGAGGAGAUGCAGCAAGAUGCUGUGGAAUGUGCCACACAAGCCCUUGAGAAAUACAAUAUAGAGAAAGAUAUUGCUGCUUUCAUAAAGAAGGAAUUUGACAAAAAGUACAAUCCUACGUGGCACUGUAUUGUGGGGAGGAACUUUGGAAGCUAUGUGACACAUGAAACCAAACAUUUCAUCUACUUCUACCUGGGCCAAGUCGCUAUUCUUCUUUUUAAGUCUGGUUAGACAUUCCAACAGAAAAACUGAUGGACAAUUUUUUUUCACCCCCUGCAGAACAAGAAUUUGGCACAAGGACUCCGUAAAGUUCCAGAAUGUUUAUUUUAUUUUUGUUUCCUUCCCCUCGUGACUGUCUUGGAUGUCCAGAAACCCUGGAAUGUUCUCCUUUUCCAAAGGUUCAUUAAAUUUGUAAAUCGCAAGGACCCAUUUUUGAUUUUAAGUAUGGUCAACACUAUUUGUCUUCUGGAACACAUAUGUAUUUCUGUUUUGUAAUAAAUAGUCACUUGCUGAGUUGUAUUAA